AUGAUGCCUCAAGAUCACUUGGUCGUGCCCAAUUCCCCACAAGAACAGGUUUUGGCAGCAUCUAAAAAAAGUGAUACAGUGAUGGACGAUCAGAUAUUUAAUAAAUCUGAACAUUCCAAAACUAUGGACGUUGAUGAUGGUGACAUACAGUCAGAAAUGUAUCUUAUAGAUAACUUACCUAAUAAUUCGGACAUAGAACAAGGAGAAAUAAUUGGAGAAUGUCCAGGUAGAGAUGCUCUUAAAAACCCAACAAUAAAUGAUUCUUUGGAUACAAUGACAGAAGUUCUAAACGGUGAGGACAAUAUUAUUGGUGACAAUGGAUAUACUAGUGAAAUAAAAAUAGAAGCAGAAGAAAAAAUACCGGAAACCAAGCACCAUGAAAACCGAGAAGGAACAAAUUUAGAGGAGGGAAGAGAUCAUGGUAAAGAAAGGAGAAACGAUGAACAUGGCGAGGAGGAAGAAGCCGAGGAUUUACCAGAUUCAGAUAUAGCCUCCUUGGCAGGAAUAGAUUUGGAACCAGACGCAUUUACAAGGCCCAAGAGGAGAACUACAAAAGCUGUGAAUUAUAAGGAGAAAACAGAAAAUGAUAUCCCAAAGGUGAAAUCACAUCAACCAGGAUACGCAGGAGCAAAACGUGGACGCCGCCCAAAGUCUCAAACUGAUUCUAUUUCUCCUCCUCCUAGCGCUUCCUCACAGAAAGCUAUUCUAACAGCUGCGAAUUCUGCAGAAUACCAUUCAGUGGAUGAGGUUGUUCCAAUUAAUUACCAACCUCCAAUAGAUAAAAAGAACAGUUUCAACCAAAUUCUUGAUUUGAAAGGUGCCACAAUAGAUGAGCAUGAAGCCAAAUUAGUGACAAAGAGUGGUGUAACAAUAAAAAAGGGGGAUUGCAUUUUCAUGAUAUGUGAACCACCAACAGAACCAUUUUACAUUGCACUGGUUUUGGGAUUCAAUAAAAAGGAUAAGUCAACGGAGAUCAAAGAUGUAAGUAAUUAUACCUUUAGUGUUUGUUGGUUUUAUCGCCCAAGAGAUUUAAACAGGCGUUUGACUGACACCAGACUAGUUUACGCUUCCUUACAUAGGGAUGAAUGCCCGAUAACUAGCUUUAGAGGGUUUGCUACAGUAAAGCACAGAGAUGUUAUUGAGGAUUUAGACGCCUAUCGACAACAACCGGACUCCUUUUUCUUUGACAAGUUGUAUGAUAGAUAUAUGAUAAAAAUGUAUGAUAUGAUUCCAACCAUCAAAUUAUUGCACCUUCCGCCUAAUUAUUACGAAGCGUUACAUAAGAGAUUUGAGUAUAUCUUUGUUGAGGUGGGUAAAGCAGAAGAUUUGUUGAGCUCGCCUAAAAAUUGUGAAAAAUGUUUACAGUGGUGUUCGAAUUCAGACUCUAUAUCGUGCUCCAGUUGUCAAAAAUCGUAUCAUUUGUUAUGCUUAGAUCCACCAAUCUUAACAAAGCCAAAAAGAGGAUUUGCCUGGUAUUGUGCUGCAUGCAAUAGAAAGCUGGAGGAAAAGCUAGCUCAAAAUAGAGGGAGAAUGCUUGAAAGUGCUCAGCCAUCCCAGAUCAUAAAGGCCGAAGAGCGUGCUUUAUUUUCAUCAAAUCAUGAAGGAAAGGAAGAAGAGAAAGAAGGGAAGAUAAAACAAGCAGAGCCAGUUGAUUGCCAAGAAAUCGAUUCAAGUUCUUUGAGAUAUGAACAAAUGGCCAGAAAAUUCUUAGAGGCUGAUAAGGGUUUGUCUCUAGAGCAACGACGAGCAAUUGAAGAGUGGCCGUACCGAUACUUAGGUGUGCACGCCAAAUUCGAGGACGCAUUGGAUUUACAGGAUCGUCCUUACGCACGUGCGGCUUCAAGGUUGGGCUCAAAAUAUCAGUGCACUUCAGUAACUGAGUGGUACGAUCAUAAAGUUCAGUAUUAUGAUAGUAAAACCAGUUCUGUUGGUCAUAAUAAUAAAAGACUCAAAAAGUAUUAUAAUCGGAGUAAAAGGUUGACAACACCACUUUUACCGGAAGACACACUACUAGAGGACAAAAAGUACCCCGUCCCCGAAGAAUACAAAGACUUAAAACCAAAGGAUUAUCCGGGAUGGUUACAGCCUAAACCUAAGGGAUACAUUGAAAGAGGAGGUGAUGAAACUAGUGAGCUUUUAUGGGUAAUGCCCGAUGAAGGUAUGGGUGAUAUGGUAGAACAGUAUAUCAAAGAUUGUGCGGGGGUUGCUACUAGACUUAAGCUAACAAGUACGACAACCCCAAAUUUUAUUGAUGCGAUUCUAUUGAUUUUGAUGAGACAUGACUACAAGCCUGAGGAAUCUAUGGAAGAUGUUUCCAAGUUAACGCGAGAAUCACUCAAGGAACCCACAUUCAGUGACGAAGAAAUUAAGAGGUUUGAGGAUUCUGUUCGUAUUCAUGGUAGUGAACUUUAUCCUGUUUUCAAGGAUGUUAAAACACAACCUUCAUCAAUGGUAGUGAGAUUCUACUAUCUUUGGAAAAAAACCAAAAGUGGCCAUGAAAUCUGGGACAACUACCCAGGCAGAGCCAAAAAUAGAUUUAAAACUACAAAGAAAACCGGUUUUGAUCUAGAGAAUCCGGAUGAUGAUGGUACCUACUUGAACUCCAAAAUUAACAAAACACACGUUAAAAUGAAGUGUAUGUUUUGUGAGGCUUACCAUAGUUCACAAUGGUUCAGGGCCCCUGGUGCUGUGUUAGACGAACAAAAUAAGUUAUGCGAAGCAUUCUGUUAUAGAUGUGCCAAGCUGUGGCGAAAGUACGCAGCAAAAUGGGAGAAUCCAAUUGAGUUGAUCAAGAACCAAGAAAAGAAGAGUGGUUACGCCAACAAAAAAAGGAUUGAGUCUGCAUUGAUAGAAGAGGCUAAUCUUGUUGUGAAGGCCCGAGAAAACUACAAAAUGUCUCCUAUCAAGAUAACUCAAAAACUGAAAAAGUUAAAAACUACAGAUCCCGAUCUUGAUUACAAUUAUUUGGGAUCGGAGUCUGCAAAAAAAGGUAGAAAAGUUAGGUCUAAAAAUAUGUCUAAUAAAGCCAGCAAAAUGACUAACCGAAAUUCUGACACGAAGAAUCAAAAUAAGAAAGAAAAAAGCACAAAGGUUAGCUCCUUAACUGGGAAAAAGAAAAGAGCAGCAGAGGAUGAUGAUCUAUCCAAUGUUGAUGUGAAAUCAGAGGGUGUAGACAAAAUCAAAAAAAGGAAAUACACAAGAAGAAAGCCAAAAGAGAAAGGGUUAAAAUUUGUCUACAAUUCUGGCGACGAAUCCUUGUCUGACAAAAGGAAAGCUAAACGUGUUUACGAGGAAUUGGAUUUAUUUCCAAAAAUUUCAGAUUUAAAGAAAGAGUUGGAAGUUGCAGAGAAUCAACUUGAGGAAAACAACAACGGUGGAUUAUUCAAUGCAUUUUUAGAUAUGAAACUAAGGGAAAGAAUUGAAUCGUUGAGAAAAGAGUUAGACGAACUUGUUCCUAGAAGCUACGAAAAUAUACCUGUUGAAGUAAAGACUACAAGUAAUAGCAAGAAAACAACUAAAGAUACAGACCUCAGUAAGAAAUAUGUUCGCAGAAGAGUUUACCUCUCAAAGACCGCUGUACCAGGUAGCGGUGUUUUUGAAACACCACCAAUUCAAUUAGUUGAAAAUAUAGAACCGCCUAAAGGAAAGUUCUCGUUUCAAAAUGAGGACCUACCCAAAGCUUUAGAGCAAAAAGUGUCACUAUUGCCUCCUAAGGUGGAAGAUUAUGGAGCGAGCUUUCAAAGCCAGCCAAUGUUGCCUCCAGACACAUUAGUGAAAGCCCAAGAAGCACCAGAAUCAAACUCUUCUAAUGGUACCACAGAUGAGAAUGUGUCUUUGGGAUCACCCCACCCUUUAGUUAUUAAGGAAGUGGACAGUAAUGGCCGCACUAUGAAACCAGUGAAAUCAGUAAGUAAUGAAACCAGCAUUUCUCCAGCCAAAACGAAAGAGCCAAUAUCUGCAAUCUCUUCACUUGUGUCCAAACUAGUAUUUCCGUUUAUUGAAAAUAAAGACACAGUAAGCAAAAAUAUGAUUAAAAGGUAUCUUUCUAAAUUUGACAUUUUCAAUCCCUUGUUGGCAUCUGAAACUUACGUUUCUCCUAUUUACCAAAUGAGGUCUUCGAGUAGAGAACUACACUCAAUGUGGAAGACAUAUCAAAGUAGUAGGAAAUCUCGAGGAAGGGCCAAUAAACAGUUUAUUCCACUUUUUGACUAUGAUAAGAGACCGUGUUGUGUGUGCAGAGAAAUGGCUGAUAUUUCUACAAUGCUAAUAUGCUCUAACUGUGGUUUAAAUGUUCAUGCGACUUGUUACGGUAUUAGUUUACCAGACGAUAUUGCCAAGAAAGCCGGCGAAUAUAAUUGGCAUUGUGAUCCAUGCUCUAAUGACUUACACCCACUAGCAUCAACCCAGUAUCUAUGCCUAUUAUGUAAUUCACGUGAAUCAAAUAUGGAUCAGGCAAUAAAAGGUGAUCCAAUCUCAAUUCCCGAUGCAUUGAAACGAACUGUUGAAGGCAGAUGGUGUCAUGUGACCUGUUCUUUGUUAAGUGACAAAAUUAAGUAUGGAUCAAAAUCACUACAGCCAGUUUAUGGCACACCAGCUUCAGGUGUCCAAAAUAUCUUUCAGACAUGUGAAGUUUGUAUGUGCAAUGGAGGUGUAAUUGCUACAUGCGAGGUAUGUUCUAAGAAAACACAUGUCACAUGUGCAUUAGAUUAUGGCUGGAAACUGGGCUUUAAGAUAGCCAGAUGCAUUGAUAUUGAUGGUGGUAACAUAAUAGAGCUGAAAGACAAAAAGAUUAUUGGUAAGCUAGUUCCUUCAUUUUAUUGUGAUGAUCAUAUCAGACUAUCAGAGUCAUCAGAGUUCCCAACCCUGUACUCAUUGAAUGAUCUUGGAAGGGACAUUGCUAAAGAAUCUGUCGAAUUCAAAACGUUGAUUGAGUUGUAUGCCACAGAUGAAAGGAAACAGGUUGAUUUUAUUUGUAAUGGAAAGUUACGUAGGCACGCCUUUGAUGAUAUGGCUGCUGCGUUUGACGAAUUAGCAAAGAGGACAACUGCCGAUAAUACUGAUACAGAGUCUAAACAAUGUAGCAGAUGCUCAAGGACCUCUAGUUUAGCGUGGUAUCCCAAUUCUGACCAUAACAAUACUACUCCGAUAGUUUGUCAUAGCUGUCAUUUUUCUUCAGAUUCUGACGAAACAAGAUCAGGCGUUCCCGACUUGAGUAAUGUCAAUACUAAGAAAUUCGAUUAUUCCGUCUAUGGUUGUUAA